AUGCACCCCUUCUCUGUCCUUACCCUCGGCAUCUUUGUUGCUGGCUACAUCACUGCCCGUUGGGACCUUGUCACUCGUCUCUAUGAGCUGACCAUUUUUGCUUGGGAGAACGGCGUGGUUAGGAACAGCACCCACGAGCACCAGGCUUCGGCGUAUCCGCGCGAGAGCAACUCAGACGACGGGGCUCCUUCUAGGCCGCGCCUCACCCCCCUCCGCCAUCGGGACACGACAUAA